AUGUCGUGCUUAGCAGUUGUCCUAAAUGGUCCGAAGGCGAAAAAUGGUCGUCGGGUAUUCGAGAGUUUUGUCGAGCAGAAUAAGAUGAGCUUUUGGAAUCGGUUAGUUUUUUUUUUUUUGAUUUAGUCUAACUCAAUUAGAACUUACCCUAACUAAGUUCUAAAGUAGAAGUUACCCUAACUCCCUAAAUCUUCCAGUGAACUUGUGACGGCCGCCGAAUCCCUCAUCUACAUGGGCUUCAUGCGCCCCGGAACCCUCUUCAUCUCCGGCGACUUGCCGCAACUCCACAUUCUCAAAGACGCGUGGGCUCGACGAGUUUUGAAACCGGCCAACGGCUACACAAUCGCAUCAUUGGGUGAGUCAGGAAUUUUUAUUGUUUUGGGGGGGGGGUCUUUUGUUUUUUUAGGUUGGGAUGGGUUCGAACUUUUUUGAAAAAAAGGGAAGGCCCUGUCCUUUGUUUAUUUAGGCAGACGGGGGUGUUGGAAAAGGAGCCGCGCAUAUCAUAAUUUUUUAUGAUCUGGUUGCAAAUAGGCCCAUAUCGUAUUUGCAUAAUAGUUUGAAAACUAGGCGCGACUGCUUGAGAUGGUGGAUUUGUAGGCGCGGCUGCUUGAUAGAUAGAGUUUUAUAGGGGCGGUUGCUUGAGAUAGUGGAUUUGUAGGCGCGGGAGCUUGAGAAUUAGAGGUUUUCAAGGGUUGGAUUCUAGAGAAAGCCGAUCUGUAGGCUCAGGCACUAGACUUUCUGUUUCUUAAGGCCCGGAUACUUGACGAUUAGACUUCUCUAAGGUGUAUGCUACUUGACAGCUAUGGUUCUCAAGGCUCGGCUGCUUGAGAACUAGGCUCUCAAGCUACUGGUCCUUGACAAUCGGAGUUUCUAGGCGCGGGUCCUUGACAGUCAGCUUCUCUAGUGUUAACUGCUUCACAACUAGAUUUUCCAGAGUUGGCUGCUUAGAAUUUAAGCUCUCAAGGCGCGACUCCUUGGCAUAUUGCAUCUCUAGGCGCGGGUCCUAGACAAUUAGCUUCUCAAGGCUCAGCUACUUCACAGCUAGGCUCUCUAGGUACGACUCCUAGACAACUAGCUUCUAUAGGAUUAGCUGCUUGAGAGCUUCGAUCUGAAGGCGCGGCUGCUUGAUAUAGUGGAUCUCUAGAAGGCGCUGGUCCUUGACAAUUAGGUUCUAAAGGCUCAACUACUAUGUAUUGAGGCUCUCAAGGCGUGAAUCCUUGACAUAUAUAUUCUCUAGACGUGGGUCCUUGACAGUUUGCUUAUCUAGGGUUAGCUGCUUGAGAACUCAGGCUCUCUAGGCUCAGCUACUUCACAACUAGGGUCUCUAGACGCAAAUCCUAGACAAUUAGCUUCUUAAGGCUCAGCUACUUGACAACUAGGCUUUCAAGACGUGACUCCUUGACACAUAUAUUCUCUAGGUGCGGCUCCUUAACAUAGGGAAUCUCUAGACGUGGUUGCUUGAAACAUAUCAUCUCUAGGUGCGACUCCUAGACAACUAGCUUCUAUAGGAUUAGCUACUUCACAACCAGGCUUUCAAGGCGUGACUCCUUGACAACUAGGCUUCCAAGCCUUGUCUACUUCCCAACACCUUCUCUCGGCUCUCUCUCAUUAUUACCAGAUCACUUAAACACUCAGUCGGCAUCAUUUUUCAUCCCAUUGUUCUUAACAAAGUGCUAAAAUACUCUAAGCUCACUUCAAACAGUUUCACCCGAAAGUGUGAGACUUUUUAUUGUUCUUUCGAAAUUUCCCAAAAGCAAAACCACCUGUACCUAGAAAAAAAAAGAGCAGGUGACCUGCUCUUUUUUAUUAAUUAGAAAUAAUUUCUGGCGAGAAAAAAGGUGGUAAAUAUUUGGGCAAUCAAGUGUACUUUCCAGGUGAUCUCGGAGCCAUUCAACAAGUCGAGCAGAUGCAUUUUGUGCCACUAGGCGAUGUGAUUUGCGACGCGGUGGCUCAACUAAAUCGCCACGGUCAACCCGCCACGGAGACCACAAUUCGACAAUAUGUAGCCAGACAUUGUGCACAUGUUGCACCGCCAGCCAUUGAAAUGGUAACUUUCCCACAUAAAAAUUAAUUAUUAUACAUUUAUAAUUAUACUUGCUUAUAGGUUCGCCAGACAUUGAACUCUUUAUUAGCCACUGGUUUUAUCUAUAAAAUGGGAGAGCACUAUUUUGUAUCGGUGCCCACCAAUUCGCCACCCAAACAAAAACAGACGGUGGAAUGUCAGACUGGUCAAUCGAUAAUUCAGCAGAAGAAGGAAAAAAGAGGAAUUCUAGCCAGAUUGUUCAAUAAGGCUGUGAGACCUGUGGCUCAGGCAAUGCCACCAGUUGUGCCUGCACCAAAUCCACCACCGAAACCUCUUCCAGCGCCAGCGCCACCAAUGUGAGUUGCAUAUCUCAGAGAUUUGAGCGAGGGGAAAGAGAAGGCGCGGGUGGCCGAGUGGUUAGCGCGCGUGGUUUCGAAGCGCUGGGUCACGGGUUCGACUCCCCCUUGGGGCGAAGUUUUUUAUUUUUUCUUUAAAUAGCUUGGGAUUAGGCGCAGGCUGCGAAUAUUUGGGUUUGAUUUAAAAAAAAUUUCCAGUAGUUUUUUGGGCUCGAAAAGAAUGUUUAAAAAUGUUUUUUUAACAUUGAAAGAUCAAAAGUCAAAAAAAUGUCGAAAAAACAAAAUUAGUUUUUCAAGGUUUUUCAGCCAAAAAUGAUGACAAAUCAAUAUUUUUCAAGCUUCUGGAGUGAUUUCUGACAAAAAUUGACCUUGGAAUUCACUUUCCAGAAGGUUUUGCUGAUUUUUCGUAAAAUAAAAAAUUUAAAUUCGAAAAAUUCAUAAAAUAAAGCAAAAUAUGGUUCUCAAAGCUUAUUUUCAUCAGAAAAAUUCAUAAAAUUUUUUUAUUUUCCGAAAAAUCAGCAAAACCUUCUGGAAAAUGAAUUCCAAGGUCAAUUUUUCAUCAGAAAUUACUCCAGAAGCUUGAAAAAUAUCGAUUUGUCAUCAUUUUUGGCUGAAAAACCUUGAAAAACCACCACUAAAGCCAGCCUUGCAAGAAUAUCUCAGAGAUUUGAGCGGUGCGAAAAUAUGGCGGGGUGGCCGAGUGGUUAGCGCGCGUGGUUUCGAAGCGCUGGGUCACGGGUUCGACUCCCACCUUGGGGCGGAGUUUUUUAUUUUUUUUUGGGCUCUUCCUUAGAGUUUAGGUAAGCCCAAAGUAAGCCCAAAAAAAUUUUACAAGAAAACAAUGGGGUGCCCCUAGGAAAGUAUCACCCAUUUCAAAAUAUUUUGACACCUUUUUGAUUGAUUGGGUGUUGUUUUGUCCUGUAGAGUUCAAACCUUGGUGCGAACAAGCAAGCCAAGAAAAAGGAACCUUGGGUGACGCAAAACCACGGUGGUAGAUUGUAAAUAUGGAUGAACAGAUUGCGUAAACCCCUACCCUAUCCCAUUCCGCCCAGUAAUUACAGACCAAUCAAAAAAAUAUAAUUAUACAGGUAUCACCAAGAACCAUGCCAACCAAAAAGGGUGCAACAGCAAAAUGAGGCGGUUGUGAUCACGAAAAAACAGCAAAGAAGAACGAAACGUCGUGAAACUGCCAAGUUAUUAAGUAGCAGCUCGGAGUGCUUGAAUUAUGGGCCAAUUGAUCCGCCAGAAAUGUUGCCUGGAUGUGUUUAUAAGCAGCAGACUUAUAAGAAGAGAGUUGCCACCACCAAGAAAUAUCCACCAAUCGCGAGAACUUCCACACCAAUCGAAUCGGAUAGCGCAUAUUCGCCGUCGCCUGUGGCGACCGAUUCGAACGAGGAGGCUAGCCAGAGUGAUCCGGAAAUCAAUCACACUUAUAUCAACCUGGUGAAGCCGGGUUUCACCAAUGAUUCGACGCAAUUCGAGGAUUUGACGGCGGCGUCGGAAGAACCGCAGAUUUUGGCGACGCAGAUGAUGCGAGGGGUGUUGAUUUCGAAUUUGUAG